AUGAUAAGUGUAAUCACAAACGACGGCUUCAGCUGCCGGAGCCACACAGGGAAAAGACUCACGGCAUCCACAACAGCUGCAGCGUCGACCCCGGAAUAUCCUCCGACACACGGCAUCCGGGAAGAAGAGAGUCUCUCGCUGGCGGCUCGUGUGUGGACCCGGCGUGACCCGCGGAGGUGUUGCGUCACGCUCUGGCUCCGGGACAGCGCCGAUGUGUUGGACCGAAGAGUCGUCAAAUGUGACUAUCAUGUAAAGACGUGCCCUGCUCUCCCUCUGUCCCCGGCCUCCUUCUGUUCCCGGUCUCCUUCUGUUCUCUCUCUCCUCACAAUCCUCCCCCAGAUCUCAUCAGGACCGUCUGAACCUGCCCCUGAAGCUCUCCCCAUGAGCCCCUCUCUCCAGCAGCGACUGGAGAGACUGCUGCUCCAAGAUAACUGCGUCUGA